AUGCCUCGCAUCGUUCGCAACCGCCCUACCUGGGCUUCAGCCUCCGCUUCCUCGGACACCGAGUCCGACUCCGAAAGCGGUGUCAAGACACAGGCGUCCACGAAGAAGAUUGCUAAGCCCCGUACUUAUGCUAGGAAGAGCAACGUCCGUUCGCGCGCGGCCAAGGCGCCCAUUUUCAAGGACGGCGAGCAGCUCGAACUCGACUCUGAGAACGAGGAGCUCGUGAUCUCGAACCCCUCGCUGCCAGGCAUUGGCACUACUAUCAUCCUCUCGGACUCUGAAGAGGAGCAGCCUCUGUCGCAGAUCAAGGCCAAGACCAAGGAGAACACGGUCGGCAAUACGCCUACGAAGGAGAAGACGCUCGAGAUCGACCAGGACCAGGAGCAGCAGCCCAUGGAUGUGGACGUCGACGACGGCCACGUUCAGGAGAAGCAGGCCUCGCAGAAGCAGGUUUCGGAGGCGCAUGGCCAGGAGGAGGAGGACGAGCUCCACUCUGACGACGAGCCCGAGGACGUCAAGGGCAGCACCAACAAGCACACCCUCAUUAACGACCGUUUCUACUCGGCUUCGCCCCCCCUCACGUCCAUUGACACCUGCGACGAGUUGCAGGAUGCUCUGGCUCACACCACCAUCUCCAAGCCAACUGUCAAGCCCAAGCGUGGCUGUUCCGCGAAGAAGACCGCCAAGAAGGUCGGCGGCAAUACCUCGACCGCCUCGUCGCCGGCUCGCUUCGCCCCUUAUGGCCGUGCCCGUCCUCGCCCUCGCGCAAGCUCCGUCGGCAGCAUCGGCACGGGCGAUGAGGACGUCGGCAUCCCCCAGGCUCCGCGUCGCCUGCCUCAGCGCUACCUCACCAGCCAGGAGGUCGACCUCAUGAUUGCCCGCCUGGAGGCGAUCCGCCCCGAGAUCAGCAAGCCCAACGGCCCUUCGGGGAAGGCGAUUUAUGCCGAUCUGCUCGCCUCCAUCGAUGUCAAGCCCGGUACUCGCGUCAUUUUCCCCAGCAUCCCCGCGCGUGUCGGCCCCCACUUGCUCCGCGGCUACGCCGCCACCGUUCCCGAGAACAAAACCCCUGCCGGCCUCAUGAAGGCCUUCGGCGCCGGUCCCGGCGACCCCGCGUUGAUGCCCAUCGCCGAUGUCACCACUUUCUCAUUCAAGAAGAAGGACGAAGACGUUACGUUCAACACCGCCACACCGGUCGUCGCACCAACUACCAAGCUGUGGACCGUGAGUUCUCUUCUCGAGUGGCAGUCGGAUUCUGUCGGAUUUUGCCAGUUUCCGACAAGGUCCAACUCAGUCCAGCCUCCUCUACCACCCCUGCUGACAUCUCUCCAGGCCAUCGAGGAUUCCGCCGAGCACUUCCUCCCACACUUCCCGCCCUGUGCGCAUUGCGUUAAGAUCGGCAACCUCGCUUGCUUCUACGACCAUCGCACUCAAAGCACCAAGCAAACCUGCGUCCCCUGCACGCGCGUCAACUUGUCUUGCGAAUGGGCGAAGGUCAGCCCCCGUCACGAGCAGGAUCUCGCGAUGAAGGAGCUCCAGGGCCUCGCGGCCGGUGCCGGCGCCGACCCCGACCGCGUCAAGUCCGCUACGGCGUCGUACAACAAGGCCAAACGGAGCGCGUGA